AAUCAAACACUCCUAUAACUAGUUACUUCUCGUCAGAUCUCUAACAUCGUCCUCGCCGCCUGUUUCACACUUUCACCAUAUACUCCACCAUCUGCAUGUGCCUGGAUGAAACUGGUAAGAAUUGCGAUUGACGGUACUUCAAACUUUUCCGACUUCUUCAGGUGAAUUCGGAUUUUUAUUUCGAUUUAUUUUCACAAUUACUAGGUUAUAGCGGAAAAUUCAUCCGGAAUUUCGUUUUAUGUUUUCUUAGGGUUUUACCGUUGUUGAAUGCGCGAUCGAAUAGUUACUAUGUUUCUUGUAUUUUGAUUGCAAUCCAAGCAAUCGAUUCUGUGAAAUAAAUCAUAAGGUUAACCCAAAUUUCCAUUUUCCAGAUAUAAAGUUUCAAGUCUGAAUCAAUUGAGUUGAUUUUAGGCGUAUUAUGUCUAAAAGCCAUUUUUUGUUGCGAUGCCAAAGUUGCAACUAAUAUUUUGUUUGAAAUGAAUCUACUUAUUGAAUAUCAUGCUUCUAUGCUCUCAGAUAUACUUUUGUUCAUUCUGGUUUUGGUGCAGGAUAAAGAAGCACUCACAGAUUUAGAAGAAUAUUUUCAUUUUUAAACUUUGCAGAGCUAUUAUUUUUUAGGUAAUAGACAUGGCAGCUUUGCUGAGAAUGAAAGGCGGCAAUGUUUACUCUAAAUAUAAACACAAUCUUACCUUGGUGCUUAAUGCAAAUGUGAAUGAGUCACUAUGCUGUGCUCAGCUCUUCAAACUGCGCUCAAUGUGUAGUUAUGUUAAAAUUGAUGAUGGCCACAAGAGUUCUCCCAUCAUAAGUAGCACUCAGUCAAAAAUUUCUCCUCCUGAACCUAUACCUAACAGGCCGUUGAGAGAUGACUCUGGAAGACCAUCCUAUGUUCCCCAGGAAAAAUCUCAAUCAAGGCCUUUUAUUAGUGUCGACUGGCCUGAAGGACAAAAUAAAAACCAGAUUCCGCAGGCUAGUGGGGGUGAAGAUUUUCUCCAGAGAUUUCAGCUUGAAUCUGACCAUAAAAAAACUGACCAGGGUCUUCCUCCCAAAGAAGAAAAGACUGACGCUUCUGCUGCCGAGGCGUCCCCUCCACCACUGCAAGACCCAGAUGAGUUAUUUAAGAAAAUGAAAGAAAAUGGCUUGAUUCCAAAUGCUGUAGCAAUGCUGGAUGGGUUGUGCAAGGAUGGGUUGGUCCAAGAGGCCUUGAAGCUCUUUGGAUAUAUGCGUGAAAAGGGUAGCCUUCCAGAAGUAGUGAUAUACACUGCUGUAAUUCAGGCUUUCUGCGAGGCUUAUAAACAUGAUGAGGCUGUGAGCGUCUUCCGUAAAAUGCAAAGCAAUGCCAUAGCUCCUAAUGCCUUCACUUUUAGCGUUCUGAUUCAGGGACUCUGUCAAGGGACGAGAUCAGAAGAAGCAUUUGGGAUCUGUCUUGAAAUGCUCGAGGGAGGACAUUCACCCAACUUAGCAACCUUCAUUGCUUUGGUUGAUGGGUUCUGUAAGGAGAAAGGGCUGGAAGAUGCCAAGAACAUGAUCCAGACCCUGAAGCAGAAGGGUUUUUAUCUUGAUGUGAAAUCUGUUCAGGAGUACCUGCGCAAGAAAGGACCAUCCAUGCCAUUGGUUUGGGAGGCAACCCUGGGCCAGAAACCUCCGACCAUGCCUAAUAUCUUUUAGUUAACUUCUUCUUGUACCUCACUUCCCAUGGUUUCUCUCACAUUUGUUUUCUUGGUUUACCAGUAUUGGGCUGUAAGCAACUCUAUAAAUCUUGUCUGCAGCCAUAAGGUGAAUUGAUGCUCAUAAAAGUGCUAUUUAUGUUAGAGACUAAACUUUGCGUAAAUUCAGGAGUAUGUUUUGUAGUGUACUCUAUUUGAUAGGGGCUUAUAGCUGAUUU